AUGACAACUAUCUCUCUAGAAGACCAUGAGAACCAAACAGUUGCUGGAUACAAAAGGAAACUGAUAUCAAGACAUAAUGUUCGUAAUUAUAAAGAACCUGCCGGCAUAAGUGAUGAUAAUGGAACAAAUACGUUGGAAAAUGAGCAUAAUAUAUUCGUUUAUCAAGAAUCUGCCAACGUAGGCAAUGUUGCCAAAUAUAUAAAAUUAGACCCUGCCACUAAAAUGAAUACAUGA